AUGUCGCCUCCUCACCGCUCCCUCCGCGAUGCAAACGAGUACACCACUCACCAUGCCGACUUCGUCGAGCGCUUCACCCAGCGCGAGAAGCAGCAGCGGACAUGGAAGAUCAACUCCGAGGGGACGUCGUGGGAGUACUGGCGGCAGUACAAACAGCUAUACAGCAGCGUCACAGGCAAGUACGUGGACAGGAACGAUAGUAGAGAGGUCCUUAAGUGGCACGAUGCCUAUCUCGUUCCAAAGUACAGCUUUCGACCACCCAACAUCGACGGGAAGCCGGUGCUGGGCCCAGAUGAUUUACUCGUCCUGCAGACGUUCAACAUCGCCUACGAUACAGGUAUCUUCACACUCGAGCGACAGCGGAUCCAGCUAUCGGGGUCAUAUCUCAUUCUCGGGUGCACAGGCGCCCGACCGGCCGAAGUCGUGGAUAAUGAGAAAAACAAACCCAGGGACGGAUCAUGGGAAGAACUUUGGGGCGGCCAAGCCAGCUUGCAGGACGACGACGCAGAGGCCAAGUCUACCGACGAGGUCCCUGAUAAGAACUCCAGGCUGCUGGAAGAUAUUCUCUCGCAAGAAUCGGAGGGUCGCGGGCGGCCCAAGGCACUCUGCUAUAAGGACGUCUCUUUAAUAGUAGUACGUCACCCCGAUACUAAUGAGGACGUGCUGGCUAUGGCUAUCAAGUUCAUCCACCAUAAAGGUUCACAUAGCAAGCCCAAGCCGACCAUAUUCUUCUUCAUAGCUAUAAAGAGACUUAUAUUCUGCCCAAUCCUGGCCAUCAUCAGCCUUGCCCUCGACGACGAAGCCUUCGACGCUCCGAGCUUGACCACGGCCGAACGUGUCUUCCGAAUCAAGAGCCGAGGCCCCGUUCAGUGCACUCACUUACGGUGGAAGCAGAAGUGGCUGGAACGCCCGAUCUUCCGCGGAUUUGAUGGAUCAAGUACCUCCGAGGAGAAGGCGCUACCGUACUAUAAGCUAAGGGACGACAUGGAACGACAGACCCUAGACGCCGGGUUCGAAGAGCCUAUUGGGCCGAAAGGGUUCCGUCGAGGAGCCGCGAACGCGGCGAACGGAAAGGCGCCCAACGCCGUCCGUGAUCAAGUGAUGCGGCAUGACCCGAAAUGGGCAACGUUCAACAGCGCAUAUAUCAACGAGAAGGUCGAGUUCCAUCUCCAGAACGCUUUUCUAGACGAGCCAAUGGAAGACGGUCUAAUCAAAUUCUUCACCCAUAUCAGCAUUAUGCGGGAUCCUCGAGCAAGCUACGACAUGGUUCCCGAGGAGGUCUGGAGAACGCUGCCACCAGAUCCUGAUAUCGCUGCGCUCGAGGCCCAACGUGGGGUGCGGCGGCUCUCUAACAAAAUCCGCAACAAGCGUGCGCAGCGUAACAAAGCUCUUCGACAAGAGCAUAAAAAAUACUACUUUUACAACCGACCAACGUGGGAUAUUGAGAAACAAACAAUGAACGCUUUCGAGGACGACGAGGAAGAGGAAGACGGAGGAGCCGCCAACCAUAUUCAGCCACCCAUUGAGCUACGCAUACCUGAGCGUGCUCGGCUUGCCGAGAUUCUUUGUCAUCAUCCAGACAAUCUCAACAGGAUUGAACUCCGACGUCUUCGAAUUGAGGCUACCCAGCUCAUGACGGCUCUCUGCAGCAAGAAAGAGACUGUCAGGCAAAUCAUGUACAAACCAAGCACGGAGUUCGUCUAA